AUGGAAGGGGCCAGAGAUAGAGUCUGGCGGUUUUCAACCCGCAGCCAGAGGGUGACUGAGCGUACUGAGGCCGCCAGGGCUGGGGAUAGGGGCUGCAGGUGCACCAGGGAAAGCCCGCGGGAGGGGAAAGACUGGGGAGGGUCCUGCCCAGAUGGAGAGAGGGGGUCAGUGCUCCGGAGAAGAGUCGUAGGGAGGGUCUGCGCGCUCUCCUCCCGGAUUCGCUUUUGCCACCUGCCACCUCCAGAGGCGUGUGUCCAGGACACAUCGCCAACUUGCGCCCUGGGAACUUGGAGCUGCGGCCGCGCUGCCCGGAGCUCCAGGGAAGCUGGAGAGGCGACCCCGAGGUGGCAGUCCUGGGAGACGCUGCGGGAAGCCAGGGCGGGGCGAGAGGGGUUGUCUGCAGCGGGGAUUGGGGGGUGGGGGGAGAAGCUGUGGCUUCUCCCCGACCAGCGGGACUGCCAGUGCCUGAGAAAGCGAGCGAGAGGGAGAGGGAGAGAGAGAGAGCGAAUCACCGAAGCUGGCAGGGGACGGAGUGAAAGCAGGGUCGACGCGGAGCAGCUCCGCUCUGUCUUCUGUGCGCCCGAGGAGAGCAAGCAUGGCUUCAGUCUCCGAAUCCUUGCUCUAGGUGCUGCUGCUUCUCGCUGGGCAGACCUGGAGCCCAGUAGCAGCAGGAAAUCCACUGCAACGUGGAGAAGCGGAGGCCCAAGAGCAAGAAGAAGACCUGUAGAGAUAGCGGGAAAGAAUUGGAGGCGACUCAAGAGCUGCUUUCACUUCUACAAAGCCGACUGGGGCUGGCCCCUGACAAGGCCUCUUUUCUUCCGCUUUUUGGUGAAGACACAUGUCCUCGUGGUAAGGUAUGCCAAAGAACACCUUCUAGAGCCACCCGGCCACACGCUUUGCGUGGGCAAGAUGCUGCAUCCAUCGUGCCCCCAUUGGCUUCCCCGGCUCCUGUGACUGAGUGCCCUCUACCUCUGGCCUCCACCCUGUCACCAGGCCCAUUGGCUUUCCCGGCUCCUCUGACCAA